GGAUCCAGAAUGGAAAAUCCUAACCUUAUUCGAAAAAGUAUGGGUCUUAUUCGAAAAAGUAUGGGUCGACCCUCAGCCCAUCCACCAACACGGCCAUUUGGACGUGGGGUCAGCCUGUAUCACAAAUUUUUGGACAAUUUCAAUAAAAUUUCUAUUCGAACACCACCGAUUUUGAUAAGAAUAAAACAUUAA